AUGAAUGAGUUAUGGGAUCUUUGUAUUCACGCACUUCAAGCCGGAAUUGACGCUGCACAACCAUAUCAGCGUGUCCGUGACACUCUUUGCUUAACAAAUGGGUGUAUCGAAGUGGGACAACGGAUUUAUCAGGUUAAUCACAAUAUUCAUUUAGCCGCUUUCGGUAAGGCUGCCUUGGAUAUGGUACGUGGCGCGGAGGAUGCAUUAAACGGUCAUAUCAUUGAGGGUAUUGCAAGUGUUCCACGGGGCACACUCCAGAAAUUAAAACAUAUAAAUUUACGAACGGAAUUUCUGGAAGGUGCAACAAACAAUUUGCCGGAUGAGGAUGCCUGCAAUAAUGCUCGACUGAUUGAAGAAAUGGCCGAGAGGUUGCAAACACCAAAUGACAUCUUCCUUGUGUUAAUUUCAGGUGGUGGUUCUGCACUUCUCUCAGCCCCAAUAUCUGCUGUUUCACUUGAUGAUAAACGGAAAACCAUAAAUGCAAUGAGUUCUCGAGGGGCUAAUAUUAAACAAGUGAAUACUGUUCGAAAAGCACUUUCACGACUGAAAGGUGGCAAACUGGCUCAAAUAGCGCAUCCUGCCAAGACUUUAGCUGUUAUCGUUGCUGAUAUUGUUGGUGAUCCAUUGGAAUUUAUAGCCAGUGGUCCGACUGUAAUUUCUCCAGAUAAGCCUGAUCCAAUUACAGUUUUGAAGGAACUGAAUGCUUGGGAUGCCAUACCAAGUUCGGUGCAGGCUGCACUUCACAAGCCUCAUGAAAUGAACCCAGUCCAUGAUGUUGAUGUUUACAAUACAAUUGUUUCAAACAAUAAAAUUGCACUAUUAGGUGUUGGUAAGGUAUUGAGGAAAGAUGGUUAUCAGUGUCAUGUGGUGAGCAGUGUUGUUGAAGAAGAUGCUAAUUCAUUUGGAUCUCAACUUGCCAAUAUCAUUAGUGCAGCACUAGCAGGAAAACCAUUUAAUCAGGCAUUGCUGGAUGCGAACAUAGUAUCAGCAAAUAAUGCAGCACCAUCUGGAGACAAAAUCGCUCUGCUCUUUGGUGGUGAAUGUACGGUAACAAUAAAAGGAAGCGGUAAGGGUGGUCGUAAUCAACAAAUUGUCCUUGCUGCACUUUCAAAACUGCUCGAGCAGUUUGAUUUUGGACAGGAAAAGAUGGAUUUUGCAUUGAUGAGUGCUGGUACCGAUGGGCAAGAUGGACCAACGGAUGCGGCUGGAGCUAUAUUGACUAGUAACGAUAUGCGAUAUAUUCGUGAAUCACAGUGGAAGAAAACAGUGAUUGAUGAUUAUUUGAAUAAUAAUGAUUCUUAUAAUUUCUGGAAGAAAUUCAAUAAUGGCAAGUCGCACAUUACUUUUGGGCCUUCUGGAACAAAUGUUAUGGAUGUUCAAGUGUUGUUGCUCAAGACGAAAUCGAAUUUUAGGAAAUAAAAAUCUAGC